UCUCUCCAUUUCUGUUUGUCUGUCAUGUUCGACGCCUGAAGAACCGGGGUGGUAUAUUUAGAGAGAGAGAGAGAUGGAAUAAGAUUAAAGAUUCCAUUUUGGUUGAGUUGGAUCAAUCGAUCGAUCGAUAUCUUCAGACAUUGAAUAAAUAUCUGGAUUAGGAAUUGUGAUCGGUCUUAGAUAUAGUUCUUUUUGCUAAGAACCACGAUCCCCCCCCUCCCGGCUCACAUUUUUCAUCAUUACAUUUACAUUUUACAGCACAGCCAAUAAGCUUUCAAAUCUUCCUAGACCAGACCAAGCAAGCAUCUCUCUGACUUUAUUGCGUGUCUGAUUCUUUCCUAAUUACCGCACUCUUUCUAAUUAAUUACUCGAUCUAUUACAAACAAACAUCUCUCUCUCUCUCUCCCUCCUAUUCUCAAUUGCUUACAAAUUUCUCCCCUGUCUUUCUGUCUGUCUGGAUUAUGGGUCAAACCAUCUUUGUUGUUUAAGAUUACUGGGAAUUUCUCCAUUCCUUCCUCUCUGUAGUGUAGAUCCAUCCCAGUUAACCCAACAAAGAUUCAAGAAGAAGAAGAUGAUGCAGAUGAGAACCAAACCGACAGCCCCAUCGCCAUUUAAUGGCAGCGCCACCGCCACCGCCGCCGGCGAUGAUGAAGGAGCUUGGGAAAUGAGACCCGGAGGAAUGCUGGUCCAGACAAGAAUCGAUUCGGAAAAGGACCGCGUGGCACCACCGACUAUCCGGGUUCGAGUUAAAUACGGGUCGGUUUAUCACCAAGUCAAUAUCAGCUCUCAAGCAACCUUCGGGGAAUUAAAGAAAUUGUUGCGGGGGCCGACGGGAUUGCACCACCUGGAUCAGAAACUAUUUUUCAAGGACAAAGAGAAGGACAACAAUUCAUUCCUUGACAUUGUUGGUGUUAAAGACAAAUCUAAGCUCGUCGUCACUGAAGAUCCGAUUAGUCAGGAGAAACGCUAUAUUGAGAUGCGUAAGAAUGAGAAAAUGGAAAAGUCUUCCAAAUCAAUCUCUGGUAUCAGCCUAGAGAUCGACCGCCUUGCCGGCCAGGUCUCAGCUCUAGAAUCAGUCAUUUCUAAAGGUGCCAGAGUCCCAGAGAAGAACAUCGUCAAUGUCAUUGAACAGUUGAUGAAUCAACUGCUCAAAUUGGAUGCAAUUACAGCAGAUGGGGAUGUUAAACUUCAGAGAAAAAUGCAGGUGAGAAGAGUUCAGAAAUAUGUGGAGACUCUAGAUGUAUUGAAGAUGAAGAACUCAAUGCCAAGUAAAGAUGAUGAUGAAGAAGCAAAUGAAAACCGACAGCCUGAAUCUCAUAGGUACUCUACUGGUGCUGUUGCAACACCACCUAAAACUGAGCAUAGGCAAACAAGGCGUUCAAUUGGGCAUUCCCCAUUGAAACCAACACCUAAUCAGCCACAAAGAAAUUCCACAUCAGGUCCAGUUGUUAUAACUACACAAUGGGAGACGUUUGAUGCACUGCCACCUCUAAUUCCAAUCCACACAUCAACAUCAUCUUCGUCGUCAUCAUCAGAAUCCCCUAAAAUGGCAGCACCGAAUUCAUCGCAACCCCUAAAAUUCAAUUGGGAUUUGCUUUGAGUUACUUACUUACUGAAAAGAAGGGAUUUGUUCUGAAUUCUGAUGGGUGUGUGGUUUGCCUUAAGUUUUCCUCAAAUUUGGUUUGGUGCCUGUUCUCCAUUCUUUUCUGUAUUUAGAUAUUAUUGUUAGAAAUUCAUCCCCCCUCUAUCAUCUGUUAUUUGAGUCAUGGAAUAAGUCAAUUGGGGAUAAUAAUAAUAAUCUAGUAGGACUAUACUUGUUUCAUU